CCGACGAAACGACCGAGUUAGGGCGCGAGCAAACAGAAUAUAACAGGAAUGUUUUGAAAAACUUUGUAAAUGAUUGGUUACCUAAAUUAUCGCCGGAACAAAAUAAAAUAUUCGAGUAUGUAAAUAAACUGGUAACCAAUCAAAGCUUUCGGGAAAAUCAUAACAGCGCAAUUUUCAUUGACGGCCCGGGCGGCACCGGUAAAACAUUACUUUUAAACGUUAUUACUGCACAUGUUAGGGGUAAUUUAAACGGUAUUGUUUUAUGCACUGCAUCGUCGGGUAUCGCCGCGCAAAAUCAUGAAAAUGGUACAACCGCACAUAGCAUGUUCCGGUUUCCACUAAAUCUUGUAGACGAUCUUGGGUAUUGGAAUAUCACAAACGGUUCGCAAAGGGCAGAACUAAUACUCAAUGCGAAUCUAAUAAUUUUUGACGAAGCUCCUAUGGCUCACAAAUGGCUAAUUCAUUUAUUAGAACGAUCUUUACGCGAUCUAACAAAAAUCGACAAAAUUUUUGGUGGAAAAAUUAUUAUUUUUGCAGGUGAUUACCGCCAAAUUCCACCAGUAGUAGUUGACGCAAAACACAAUUCGGACGUUUUCAAUGCAUCAGUUAAAUCAUCACCUAUUUGGCAAAAAUUAAAAACAUUCUCUUUGGUAACAUCACAAAGAUGUAGAGAUGACUCCGAAUUUUCUGAAUUUUUACUAAAAUUGGGAUCAAAUCAAUUAACUUCUGUAACUUUGCAUACAAACCGAACUGUUGAAAAUUUAGUAAAUCUCUCAAUGAUUUCAUUUGUUUCUAAAUUAGAUGAUUUGAUUGAUUUUGUUUAUCCAAAUGUCAUAUUAACUGAGCCUGAUGUUUGCGUUCACAGGGCUAUAUUAUCAACUCAUAAUGCAAGCGUAUACGAAAUUAAUGCUAAAAUAUUAGAACUUUUACCUGAAGACCCUUUGCAUUUUUACUCGAUAGAUGAAGUAGUAAGUGACAACGCGGACCAAAUCUUUCUAGGUGUCGACGCUUUAAACCGAAUGCAGCCAAAAGGAAUACCGGAACAUGAUUUAACUUUAAAAGUAGGAUGUGUGUGCAUGAUUAUACGAAAUUUAAAUUUUUCCGAUAAAUUAGUGAACGGGACCAAAGUCAUUGUAGUAAAUACGUCUCCUCGCCUAAUAACCGUUCGCAAGCCAGGACUAUCCGAUGAUUAUUUAAUACCAAGAAUUAUUUUUAAAGCGCCCGUCGAGCCAGGUAGCCCUAUCGAAAUGUGCCGCCGUCAAUUUCCAUUACAAGUUUGUUACGCAAUGACUAUUCAUAAAUCUCAGGGUCAAACAAUAUGCCGUGUUGGGGUAGACUUGCGUUCGGAUGUUUUCAGUCACGGCCAACUUUACGUCGCUCUUAGCCGCGCUCAACAUCGACAAAAUAUCAAAAUACUUAUAAGUGAAGAACGCGUUAUAAACGGCAACCCGCUCGCAAAUAAUGUAGUUUAUCCGCCGUUAUUGUAAAUACAGACAGCUUUCUGAAAAUUGUUCACCACGUCAGAUGGCAAAUCAAGAAUCAUGAUUAUAUUAUAUUUUUUAAAUUUAGUUAUAAAAUCAAAAUCAUGUUGAAAUAGCAACUAUAUUGCGCGUUUUUUAUAUUUUAUUUUUUGCAUAAGUAGUUAGUUUAUAGUUUACAUUUACACACAUGCACUGUGUUACUAUUCACCGAAAUGAAAUUAAAGAUUUGAAAUUGGAUCAAUUACUGAAGUAAAUUACUUUGCUUGUGUAUUUAUGAUCUGUUUGUAAAUGAUGGACAAUAUAGUGAGGACAGUACUGAAAUUUAUCAUAGCACAUGUUGGAUAUGGGAAUAACAAUAUUCGUUAAUCUUUGUGUUAAACAAUAUUAUUAAUAUUUGCAAUGCAACUGACUUGUGAACUCCUUUGAAUCGGAACUGAUGAGGUUAGAAUUGCUGUAAAAGGAUCCGAAAGAUGAUAGAAGGCUGUGUACAGUGUGGAUGAGUGAUUGUCCAGUGAGAACGCGUGGUCAGUACUUUCCAGGACGCAGCAGACCGGGAAAUGAGGAAGAUAAGUUAAAGUGACGGGGAACUUACCAUUUUUGAACUCAGGAUUCGCAAACGCGAAUGUGAUGUUGUAUUCAAGAGUAACUACUUAUAGACUUGGAGCCGAGAAGUUUAUUCCAUGUAUGUAUUUUAA